GCAGCCAGACAUGCAUGCCUGGAAGACGACCUCCCCACUGCUAUUGCCUGCCAUUGCUCAUUAUUGCAUCGCUGGCCGCCAUCGAAUCAGUGUGAUUGGUGUCGUAGCGCAACAAGCAAAACGUAUAUUCGCUGGAGCCAAGUAAUCUUGUUUUUGUUAUUUGACGCAUAAAUGUCGAGUCCAGAGGAUUCCAAACUCAAGGGUGGCCACCCUCCCGCGGUAAAAGCUGGAGGUAUGAGGAUUACCCAGCAUAAAUCACCGAAAGAAGAUCGGGAAAUAAAGACGAUCAAGGAUGCGGAUGAAAGUAAACCGUCGAGUAGCCCACCGAAGACUAUCAUGAUCAGUGGAUUUCCCGCCAAGGGAAAUGCAGAUUUUCCUCCAGAAGCUGUCCAAAUCUUCCAUGAAAAACCUAAACCAACCCAUGAUGCUCGUCCCAUGCAUUGUUCUCGUCCCAUUGUUAUACAGCAACCCAGGAAGUGAACGAUACGUGUAUUGACUGUCAAAGCGGGCUGCCUGAAAAAGCAGGAGCCCAUAUAUUCUAACAUUAAAUUUAAAAGAAACAAAACACAAAAAAAGUACUUAAGGAUUUCUAUGGGGAUACAGAAUUGUUGACAUUUUUCCAGGAUUAUGUACAAUCUGUUCCCCAAGGAGCUGUGGUUCCAUAUAACGCGAAACGAAGUAUCUCGCGAGAGUUUAUUACUGUUAUUAAGAGAGAAUACAAUUUAUUUUUAAUGCAGCCUUGCGGGGUUCCUUACGACAUUUGAGCGACAGACUUGCUCCGAGCUCUCGGAGUAUCCUCCGCACAGAAGCUAAUUAUUAGAUAACCGUUGAUACGCUCAUCUCUAUUUUGUAAUUAAUGCACUUUUAUUAGUCGUGCUAUAUUCCGUAGAGUAUAUGUAACCGUCUUCGGGACCAGGAUGCAUUUCAAGAUAUAGCACUCGAGGAAAUGAAAAUAUUGUUCAUAGUA